AUGCUACUUUCGGCGGUGGCGAAGCAGGCGGUGAAGAUGGGGAACGGGAAUGUGGAGUGGGUUGUGCUGGAUUGGAAUGUGAAUGCGAUUAAGUUUUAUGAGGAAAUGGGGGCCAAGAUUAUGCAGGAGUGGAGGAUUUGCAGUUCCUCCAGAAGCCUCCCAAGACCCCGACUUUUUUGCUCUCUUUUCUUCAUCCUGCUUUCUAAACGGUCCUUCACUCCCUCAGACGACUACCUCUUCAACUGCGGCUCUUCCUCCAACGCCACCUUCUUCAACGGAGAUUUCAAUUGGGGGUCGGUUUUUCUCUCCAUAGGCCGGUCUAUUUCAGUCACCAACAACAAAAUCCCACCUCCAAACUCACCCUUUCCUUACCACACAGCAAGAGUUCUCAUCACUGCUUCAAGCUAUAGCUUAAGCAUCAGGAAAAUUGGAACUCACUUGGAAUUUGUGACUGAAGAUAAUCGUGCUAAACCAACCAGUCUUUGUAAAGCCUCAGGCACUGCAAUAGAAAAGAGAAGAAGGUAAAUCAGUUUCGUCUCCAAUUUCACAGGUGAAACUUCAAUCUUCUACUCUCUGCCUUUUCUCAUCUAAGUAUAUUGCUCGCUUUCAAAUAUCAUCAAGUAAUUAGUCCUGUGUUCAGUGGAUUAAUUUUCAGCUAGAAGUUUGGGUUGUUGGUUUUUUGCCUUUGUUUUUGUUCUGAUUUCAUCUUUUUGUCAUUCUUUCUUCUUCUCAU